UCCAUCAUGGCGGCCUUGCGGAGGAAAUUUCCUCAUUGAAUGUACAAAUUCAUGAUGUUGUUUCUAGAUUCCUUUUCAAUGUCCAGCCAAAAAGCACACCAAGGUCCUUCUCCUCCGUCAGUCGAGCAGAUUUUAGAAGAUUUGGCAGCGGCAAGGGACGAUGAUGUCGUGUUUAAGUCGUCAAUCGUAGCUGGAGAAUCAGCCCAAAUAUCAAAGGGUAAAGGAAACAAGCUGGCCAGUCAUUCAGAUAGUGUCAUGGAUCAUUCAGCUAGUGGAGGAGACACAUCUGAAAGUAAAGGAAAUGCAGACGAAAUCAAGACAAAAUGUCAAUCUAAUGAGGAGCUCUAUGGUGUGGUUGCUUCAUUUUUGAAAGAAUUUAAGACAUUAGAGUCUUCUCAGGAACGUCUAAAUAGUGUGGACCAAGAUUUAAAAUCAAAGAAAGAAGAAUUAGAUGAAGCCAUCACCAAAGUAAAAGAAGCAUGGGAAGUUGAAAAACAUGACAGUUAGUGAAAUGUCAGGGGCAAAGAGUUCUAAAUUUGAAUGAGCAAGCACUUUUAAAUGUUUGUUGUGUGCAAGGUAUAGGUCAGAUCUGAACCAAGUACUUUUGUUAGGAAGAUGUAAAAUUGCCUUAAUUGACUACACCUCUUUUCUUGCAAAGGAAAGCUAAGAUUUAACCCAAACUUUUCCAUAUUCUGAAGAUGUAUUGUUUUUUAAAAUCUGUUUAGAGAUAUUUUGUCUGGAUUCUUUUUAAUCUGUUUCACAAUUUUAAAUCUUUUUGUACUUUAUACACUUGUCAGGCAAGCUGACAAAAAUUUAUUUUUGUGAUCACUCAGAAUUUUUAGGGUGAGGGAGGGGUUUUUUCAUUCUUCUCUAUCUCUCCUGAUUACUGAGUCUUCACAAUUCCAUAAACCCACCACAAAAAAA